CUCAUUUACAACAAUAAACUGACUACAUGUCCUCUUUUAAGUUUAUACGAUGCAAACUCAUUAUUUCUUUACCUUGUGAAAUUCUGCUUCAUCCUUAUUUACAGUGCUGUAUUCUACCGUUAUAACAGUGUAAUCGUGUUUUCUAUGCUUAGCACCCUAACAACAAAAUUCUUUGAGCCUAAACCACGAUUUUACGCAUAAUGAGUUCGAAGUUUCACUAGAAACUCAUUGUGAUCCAAUUGCUCUGCCUGAUCGUAACUUAAGCGAGGGACAGUAAAGCCAGUCGAAACACACACAGCUUUAAGAUGGCGGAAUACCUUGCGUCGAUUUUUGGAACAGAGAAAGACAAGGUCAACUGUUCCUUCUACUUCAAGAUUGGAGCUUGUCGCCAUGGUGACCGUUGCUCACGACUUCAUAACAAGCCGACAUUCAGUCAGACCAUAGUGCUGUCCAACAUCUAUCAGAAUCCACAGAACACUGCACAAAGUGCAGAUGGAUCACACAUUUCCAACAUUUCUGAUGUGGAAAUGCAGCAGCACUUUGACGACUUCUUUGAAGAAGUUUUCACAGAGCUGGAAGAGAAGUACGGGGAGAUUGAAGAGAUGAAUGUGUGCGAUAACCUAGGUGAUCAUCUGGUGGGCAACGUCUAUGUCAAGUAUCGGCGCGAGGAGGAUGCAGAAGCCGCUGUGAAUGAUCUCAACAAUCGAUGGUUUAAUGGUCAGCCAAUCAGAGCAGAGCUGUCCCCGGUGACGGACUUCCGUGAGGCCUGCUGUCGUCAGUAUGAGAUGGGGGAGUGCACCCGCGGCGGCUUCUGCAACUUCAUGCACCUGAAGCCCAUCUCCCGCGAGCUUCGACGGGAACUCUACGGCCGGCGCAAGCGAAGCCGGCGCUCCCGUUCCCGCUCACGUAGCCGAGAAAAAAGAGGGCGUUCUCGUUCCCGGAGCCGAGAACGCCCUCGUCGACGCGAUAGGUCCAGGGAUCGGGAACGCUCAGGCCGUUUCUAGGCGUCCCCCCCACCAGUGCAUGUUGAUCCAUAGGAGUCCACCCCUUUCGAAGUAGGCCUACUUUGAAGUAUGAGGAACUUUGUAGUAGGGCUCAUAUUGAAUCCACUACUCAACGCUGGCUUUUAUUAUUAAGCCUCAUGCUGUUGGAUACAAGGACAUUCCUUGGUUACUUUUGUAUCCACAGUCUUGUAGGAAAUUUCCUAGUGACAGUAUUUACGAUGACCACUGAUCUGUGACAUAAUUGCUUACACCACAAACUGACACGUGAUACUUGAGUGUGCUCCGUUUGCAUAAAAUUUUCAAAUCCACAUAAGUGUGCUCUGGCACAGUCUUAAAAUCUGUCGUUAAACACUAAAAGCUCCGGUGUAUGUAAGCUUUCAACCACGAUUGUGUUUGUAAAGCACUCGGCCACAGCAUCUGGCUGUAAGUGCCAUCUUUAGUCGCUGGACCUUACCUCGAUAUACUCUGUUGUCAUAGUGAAUUAUUGUAGGUUGACUCGGUUUUGCUAAUGUUCAGUUCCUGCUGCAUUGACUUGGCAGGUGUGUUGGUAUGUAAAUAGCAUUCAACCUUAAAAGUCCACAUAUAGUAGCAUCCCCUUAAUUUGCUGAAAUGAAAAUUUACCCAUUAUCACUUUGGCUCCGCUCUUCCACACAAUUAUACACCACUGCAAAAUGCAGACAAAAAGCUGUCUUGUAUAUAAUCUUGUCUUGUAGAAGUUAAACAUGUAGUUAGCAUUUUGUUUUGGCUUACCUAAUGUACUCGUGAGAGCAACCAACUUUGUUUCUAUGAUUUGCUCUGCUUGGAGCGUUUCCUUUGAUAUGAUGUAAAAGUACUCGCAGGAAAACUUCAACAUUAAUUUUUGUUUGAAUUUGUUUGGGGGGUGGGGAAUUUAUUGAGAAUACACAAAGUGGCGAAGUUUACAUUUGUUAAUUAAUGGGAUUGUUUUGAUUUGUCGCUUUAAAAAAAGUCCUUUCAUGGUUUUUGUUUUAAGUUAGACUUGCUGUAUGCAUUAAUACCGUUUUUGAAGUAGACCAAAAUAAAAGCUGUUUGUGAAAAUUCGAGGAAAAAUA